AAAUCUUUUGAUUACACUGCCUUUUCCACUACAUUUUCCUCGUCACACAAGCACUACAACUCAAUAAUUUUUCCAACGAUCGUAGGGUCACUAUUCUCCGGCGAUGUCACUCCUUCCUACACCGAUGGAUAUAAGACUAAAGAAAAAGCAAGAAGAAAAUGAACAAAAGAGAAUGGAGAAAGUAGAGGCUUGUCUCCACACAAUCAUCAAGGUAGCUCGUGAAGAAGACCUCGGUGAACAAAUUGGAAAGGAAAUUUAUUUUGAUCUUGUGGAUCAUGAUAAAGUGCGUACAUUUCAUAUUGAGAAACAAAUGUCGUUUAUUCAAUUAAAGGAGGAAGUUUCUAAGGCAUUUGGUAUACCGGUGCAAUUUCAACGGUACUGGCUGUGGGCAGAACGCAAGAACCAUACUUAUCGGCCUAAUCGUGCAUUGACAGCUGAAGAAGAAAUUCAAUUAGUUGGCCAACUGAGAGAGGUUUCAAAUGAAGAGAAUAAUGCUGAGCUAAAAUUAUUUCUGGAAGUAGAAUUAUGUCUGGAUUUGCGACCUUUUCCUCCGCAAGAGAAGACCAAGGAAGAUGUCCUCCUCUUUUUCAAACUUUAUGACCCAUUGAUAGAGAAGAUAAGGUAUGUCGGACGACUUUUUGUAAAAGAAAGUGGCAAGCCACUGGAGAUAUUAACAAAGCUAAAUGAGUUGGCUGGCUUUUCGCCUGAUGAAGAAAUUGAACUUUUUGAGGAAAUAAAAUUUGAACCCAAUGUCAUGUGUGAACGCAUCGACAGUAAUAUGAGUUUUCGUGACUCUGUGAUAGGAGAUGGGGAUAUAAUUUGCUUUCAGAAAUCCCUUCGAAAUCAAUGCAGUGAACAAUAUCGCUUUCCUGAGGUUCCUUCAUAUUUGGAGUACAUGCACAAUUGCCAGGUGAGAUCGAGGAAAGAGCAAGAAGAAAAGGAACAAAAAAGAAAGGAGAAAGAAGAAGCUCGUCUCUACACAAUCAUCAAGGUAGCUCGUGAUGAAGACCUCGGUGAACAAAUCGGAAAGGAUAUUUAUUUUGAUCUUGUGGAUCAUGAUAAAGUGAGCACUUUUCGUAUUCUGAAGCAGAUGCCAUUUACUCAAUUCAAGGAGGAAGUUGCUAAAACAUUUGGUACACCGGUGCAAUUUCAACGUUACUGGCUAUGGGAAAAACGCGAGAACUGUACGUAUCGGCCUAAUCGUGCAUUGACAGCUCAAGAGGAAAUUCAAGCUGUUGGUGAACUGAGAGAGGUUUCAAACAAAUGGAACAAUGAUGAGCUAAAACUUUUUCUGGAAGUAGACUUAUGCCUGGAUUUGCGACCUUUAUCUCAACCAGGGAAGAUGAUCAAGGAAGAAAUCCUUCUAUUUUUCAAACUUUAUGACCCUCUGAAAGAGAAGAUAAGGUAUGUUGGGCGGCUUUUUGUAAAAGGAAGUGGAAAGCCGCUGGAGAUAUUACCAAGGCUGAAUGAGUUGGCUGGCUUUUCCCCUGAUGAAGAAAUUGAACUCUUUGAGGAAAUAAAAUUUGAACCCAAUAUGAUGUGUGAACAGAUUGACAGUAUGCUGAGUUUUCGUGACUGCCAGCUAGAAGAUGGGGAUAUAAUUUGCUUUCAGAAAUCCCUUCGAAAUCAAUGCGGUGAACAAUAUCGCUUUCCUGUGGUUCCUUCAUUCUUGAAGUACGUGCACAAUUGCCAGCCAGAAGAGCACAAAGUUAUUGUUCCUACUUCUGAUUUUCCUACUAAGGGACCUCAGACGAUCGAAGUUGCACCAGUGGACACGGCACGCACGGUGGAUGAUCCAGUGUCAUUCUGCUUUACAUGGACUAUCAACAAUUUUUCAAGGUUGAAUGUGGAGAAGUUGUACUCUGAUGCUUUCUGUGUUGGAGGAUAUGAAUGGAGGAUACUGUUAUUCCCAAAAGGGAACAAAAAAAGGAACAUUACAGACCAUUUAUCAAUGUAUUUAGAUGUGGCAGAUGCUGCAACAUUGCCUGAUGGUUGGAGUAUAUAUGCACGGUUUAGCUUAGCUGUUCUUCAUCAAAUUCAUGACAAGUUCACAGUGAGAAAAAAGACUCGACAUCAUUUUAAUGAAGGGGACAGUCACUGCGGUUUCACAUGUUUCAUGCCUCUUACUGAACUAAAUGGUCCUGGAAGAAGUUAUCUUGUGGAUGAUAAAGUCGUACUUCAAGCUAAUGUUACCGUGGCUAAAAGUUAUCGAUCGCUGCUUGACUGUAAAUUGAUUGGCGCAUGAACGAAGCUGUAACGGAGUCAUUGAUACAUAGUCUAGGAGGACCACUGCUCAGGCAUAGUUAUGGGGAGCAGAAUGGGGUAGCAGACUUGCUUGUGAAGGAAGAGGUAGAAAACAACUUUUUGAUCAUUUUGUUUAGCUAAAAACAAAUUAGCACCACUUUUGUUAGGCAGUUAUGGGAUAAUCCUACUACUUCAGUUUAUGACUGCUUCGCAUGAACUAGGUCCUCAGUGACCGCAUGUUUUGUUACGUUGCAUAUAAAUAUAUAAAAUUAUCGUUAAUCCAAAA